AUGACUUCGUCUAUUCCUGGGAAUCGCGAGCUCCCCCCGUCUCAAUAUGACUUGAGCACUUACUGGGGCCGCGUGCGCCAUGCUGCAGACAUCGCGGAUCCGAGGAUGAUGUUCGUUACGUCGUCGGGUCUGGAAAACGCAAAGAGCCUUAUUUCUUCUUAUAAACAGAGCCAAAUCCCUAACAUGACCCCGGAACUAUGGCGCGCGAAGAAGGUGGUGGACUCGACAAUUCAUCCCGACACUGGCGAACCGGUUUUCCUCCCAUUCCGCAUGUCGAGCUACGUCCUGUCGAACCUGGUCGUUACGGGUGGCAUGCUCACGCCCGGAUUGAAGACAACCGGAACACUCCUCUGGCAGAUCACCAACCAAUCUCUCAACGUUGCGAUCAACUCCGCCAACGCCAACAAGUCCACGCCACUUUCGCUCUCGCAAAUGGCCCAGUCCUACCUCAUGGCCGUCUCCGCAUCCUGCUCCGUCGCCCUGGGUCUGAACGCCCUCGUCCCGCGCCUCAAGAACCUCAACCCAAACACGCGACUCAUCCUCGGUCGUCUCGUCCCCUUCGCCGCCGUCUCCAGCGCCUCCGCCCUGAACGUCUUCCUCAUGCGCGGCGAAGAAAUCCGCCAAGGAAUCGACAUCUACCCCGUCCUCUCCGAGCUCGAAAAGAAGAAACGCGAAGAAACCGGCGAACCCGUGCAAAGUAUUGGCAAGAGCAAGAAAGCCGCGACGCUCGCCGUCGGCGAAACAGCCAUCUCACGCGUGCUCAACGCAACACCCAUCAUGGUCAUCCCGCCGCUGAUCCUGGUCAGACUCGAGAAGACAGCGUGGUUGAAGGCGAGGCCUAGGCUGGUGAUGCCGAUUAAUCUGGGUGUGAUUCUGGCGACGUCGUUGUUUGCGCUGCCGCUUGCGUUGGGGGCGUUCCCGCAGAGGCAGGCUAUUAGUGCGAAGUCGUUGGAGGAGGAAUUCUGGGGGAAGGGCGGGUUGGAUGGGCAGGUGGAGUUUAAUCGGGGGAUGUAA